GUCUAUAAUUUGAUAGCUAUUUACUUGACAGUCUUCGUAAUUGUCAAAUAAUAUCUGUCAUCUUCACUAAUAAACUAUUCACUACUAUUCUUGGGAUCAAACGAUUCCAGUUAGAUAUAUUAAAAAGCAAAAAGAAAUUUUAACCAAAUGUCUGAUCCUGAAUUAGAGAAAAUAAGACAGCAACGAUUAGCUCAGCUACAAGCUCAACAUGGGGGUGGAGAUCCCAAUCAAGCCAAGGCUCAGGAGGAAAGAAUGCAAGCAAUGGAAGAAGCAAAACAUUCAAUUCUUGCUCAAGUCUUGAGCCAGGAUGCCAGAGCUAGAUUAAACACAAUCAAGUUAAGCAAACCAGAGAAAGGUGCAAUGGUGGAAAAUAUGAUCUGUAGAAUAGCUCAAACGGGUCAAGUGAACACAAAGAUAUCUGAGAAGGAACUGAUCCAGUUGUUAGAAUCAUUGAAUCAACAGAUGCCUAAAUCGACGAGCACUGUUAAAUUUGAUAGAAGAAGAGCUGCACUUGAUUCUGAUGAUGAUGAUUUGUAGUAUUUAUUUACUAUGCAAAUAAUUAAACUUUUAUGAUAGUAUGUACGGAUAUAAUAUGACCAACUGAUGUUAAUAAUGAGUGGAUUUUGAUUAUGUCUGUCACUCCUUAAUAAAAAUGAAUAGUGUUUGUUAUAUUUUAAAAGUAAAAAAUUUUUUUUUCAGAAAUGUUUUCACUGCAGCAGAGAAAAAGUAAGCUUAACAUCUUUAACAAUAAAACUUGUUUCAAGUAUUUUAA